GCACUGCUUGUUUUGUUUUGAUUUCGGUUUGGAUUGGUCGCCAUGCAGAGCAAGCACUACAAACUGCUGCUGCGAUGCCUCCUGGUCCUGCCCCUCAUCCUGCUGGUGGACUACUGCGGCCUGCUGACCCACCUGCACGAACUGGACUUCGAGCGGCACUUCCACUAUCCGCUCAAGGAUGACGGCAGCGGCUCCUCCGGGAUCGGGGCGUACUCCUACCUGCGAGUGCCCGCCUUCACGGCCGAACUCCAGGUGGACCAGCCCCCGCGGCUCACCCUGUUGAUCAAGAGCGCCGUGGGCAAUUUCCGGAGACGGGAGGCCAUCCGGCGGACGUGGGGCUACGAGGGACGCUUCUCGGAUGUCCACCUGCGCAGGGUGUUCCUGCUGGGGAGCGGCCAGGAAAGCGAAAAGGACCUGGCCUGGGAGUCCCGCGAACACGGGGACAUCCUGCAGGCGGACUUCGUCGAUGCCUACUUCAACAACACCCUGAAAACGAUGCUCGGGAUGCGCUGGGCCAGCGAGCAGUUCAACCGCAGUGACUUCUACCUCUUCGUGGACGACGACUACUAUGUGUCGGCCAAGAAUGUGCUGAAGUUCCUGGGCAGAGGACGCCAUAGCCACCAGCCGGAGCUGCUGUUCGCCGGGCAUGUGUUCCAGUCGGCGCCGCUGCGCCACAAGUUCAGCAAGUGGUACGUGUCGCUGGAGGAGUACCCCUUCGACCGCUGGCCACCCUAUGUGACCGCCGGGGCAUUCAUGCUCUCGCGGAAGGCCCUCCUCCAGAUGUACUCGGCCAGUGUCCACGUGCCGCUCUUCCGCUUCGACGACGUCUACCUGGGGAUAGUGGCGCUGAAGGCGGGGAUUCCCCUCCAGCACUGCGACGACUUCCGCUUCCAUCGGCCGACGUACAAGGGUCCGGAUAGCUACAGUUCGGUCAUAGCCUCGCACGAGUUCGGCGAUCCCGAGGAGAUGACACGGGUGUGGAACGAGUGCCGGUCCGCCAACUACGCGUAGCACAAAGGAUCCACUUCGUGGCAGGCAUUAGCCCAGCUCUGCCACACGAGAUUGUACAUACGGAUGAGUCACCACCUAGAUAACAGCCUUAUAAAUUUAAAGUAAAGUAACGUAUACUAUUGUUAGUUAAUAUUCCCGAUUUAUUAUCAUCAAAUUGAUUAUACAUUUUCAAUAAAUUUAUAUUAUAUGUAUGUACAUCAAAAAUUAAAUUGAAACGCAGUUCUAUAUUUUCAAAGUAA